GGACCCUCUGCUUUGUCCCUCCUCCUUCUCUUUGGGAGUCUGCGUAAUCGCAGUUUGUCCAAAGGCCCAGAUCAACCCUGUUAAAGCUAGUUUGAGAAGGCUACCGCCAGCACGAUGCCAAUGAUCCUGGGAUACUGGAAUGUCCGCGGUUUGACACAAUCCAUCCGCAUGCUCCUGGAAUACACAGACUCAAACUAUGAGGAGAAGAAAUACAAAAUGGGGGACGCUCCUGAUUGUGACCAAAGCCAGUGGCUGAGUGACAAGUUCAAGCUGGGCCUGGACUUUCCCAAUCUGCCCUACUUAAUUGAUGGAUCCCACAAGAUCACUCAAAGCAAUGCCAUCCUGCGCUACAUUGCCCGCAAGCACAACCUGUGUGGGGAGACAGAGGAAGAGAGGAUUCGUGCCGACAUUGUGGAGAACCAGAUCAUGGACCACCGCAUGGAGCUCAUUAGACUCUGUUACAACCCUGAGUUUGAGAAGCAGAAGCCAGAGUUCUUGAAGACCAUCCCUGAGAAGAUGAAGCUCUACUCGGAGUUCUUGGGCAAGCGGCCAUGGUGUGCAGGGGACAAGAUCACCUAUGUGGAUUUCCUCCUCUAUGAUAUUCUUGACCAGCACCGUAUAUUUCAGCCCCACUCCCUGGAUGCCUUCCCUAACCUGAACGACUACAUGGCCCGCUUUGAGGGCCUGAAGAAGAUAUCUGACUACAUGAAGAGCAGCCGCUUUAUCUACAAACCAUUCUAUGUAUCGCUGGCCUUUUGGAACCCAAAAUAGGACUACAAAACCCAGACCUCUGGCAAAAUUCAUGACCACCCUGCUGGCUCUGGCUCUUGGCCAUGACUGUGUGUCCCCACCAAAUAUUGUUUCCGUCUACUUUCUACUCCUGAUUCCUCCAUUCUUCUUACAAGCCCUUCCUUCAGUGAAGCCUCUGGAUCCUUCUACUCCCCAUUUCUUCAUCGGUCUCCUGCUCCUAUUCCUUUAUCCUGCCCUGCAUCCAGCCCUUCCUCCUUGCUGCUUGGAGGAAUGUACCAGACCCCAGAAUCCCCAGUAAGGUCUGAGAGAUCAGACCUGCCUGUGUGCUGGCCCUCAGAAUGAGCUACUGAGCCCUGUCUCAUCUCCAGUAAAGUCUGAAUGACA